AUGGAGAAUGAUGUCAAUUACACACAUGACAGUGUCAACACUAUUGAAGUGGGUGUUGCUUCCAUAACCCACAAUAGAUGCUUCACUGAUGGUUUCUGUAUCCUUUACCUGGUGGUCAACAUUGUCACCUUCCUGGUUGGGGUUCUUGGGAACGGCCUGGUCAUCUGGAUCACUGUUCUCAAGAUGAAGAAGACGGUCAACACCACCUGGUACCUCAGCCUGGCCGUGUCCGACUUCAUAUUCUAUGUUGCCUUUCUACCCUUUAACAUUGUCCGCAUUGUUACAGAGGAGUGCAUCUUUGGGCCUUUCAUUUGUCACUUCACAUUUCCUCUGAUAUACAUCAGCUUGUUCAGCAGCGUCUUCCUCCUGGUCAUCAUCAGUGUUGAUCACUGUGUGUUGGUGGUGUUUCCAGUCUGGGCUCAGACCAUUCGUACCGUUAACAAGGCCUCUGUUGUGGUGGUCCUGGCCUGGGUUUUGUCUAUUGCCCUCAGCACACGCUAUAUAUUUGCAGGUGAAACACACAACUACAAGAUGAAAGUGGUGGGUCUGUUCAUAGGUGGCUUUGCAAUGCCCUUUCUUAUCAUCAUGUUCUGUUACUCUGUUAUCAUCCUGCAACUGAGAACAAGACGAAUGAUGAACGUAUCCUCCAAGUCCCUCAGAGUAAUGACUGUCCUGAUAGUCAUGUUCUUCAUCUCCUGGCUGCCCUUCCAUGUCUUCAUACUGUUAGAAAAAAACCACCAAAACUACAACCUGGAAAUCUUAAGAACUGGACUUAUAGUGGGAAUAACAUUUUCCACAGUCAAUAGUUUCCUCAGACCAGUGUUGUAUGUUUGCAUGGGGAAUAACAUCCCAACGACACUCAAGAGGUCCAUAGUUGGUAGGAUUGAGAAUGUCCUUGGAGAGGAAGACCCCCCCACCACCAGCCAUGAAACAUCCUCACAUCUCUAA